GCGCGCACGCGCCCCGGGCCCGGUAGGAGGGGGGGUGGGGGGAGGAGGAGAAGGAGGGGAAGGGAGGGGGAUCGGCGUCUACUUUGGUGAGUAGAAGGCGGUGGGGCACGAGGAGCGCGAAGGCCAGGCGGGUGAACUCUGCUCUGGGCCUAGAGCCAGCGGUAGGGUUCAGAACCGAGUCAGCACACCUUGCGAGUAGGAGUCCGACUGCUGAGACGUAGAGAUCUUCAGGGGGCGAAGCCCCGGCCUAGGCCCCGCGGAGAUGUCCAGCUGCGGCGCUUGUACUUGCGGCGCGGCGGCCGCCCGGCUCAUCACCUCCUCACUCGCCUCCGCGCAGAGAGGUAUUUCUUGCGGCCGCAUUCAUAUACCAGUUUUAGGAAGGCUUGGGACCUUUGAAACCCAGGUUCUGCGAAGGGCUCCUCUUAGAACCUUUACAGAAACACCAGCAUACUUUGCCUCAAAAGAUGGGAUAAGUAAAGAUGGUUCUGGUGAUGGAAAUAAGAAAUCAGUGAGUGAGGGAAGCAGUAAGAAAUCAGGCUCUGGGAAUUCUGGGAAAGGUGGGAACCAACUGCGCUGUCCUAAAUGUGGUGACUUGUGCACGCAUGUAGAGACCUUCGUAUCAUCCACCCGUUUUGUCAAGUGUGAAAAAUGUCAUCAUUUUUUUGUUGUGCUAUCUGAAGCAGACUCAAAGAAAAGCAUAAUUAAAGAACCCGAAUCAGCAGCAGAAGCUGUAAAAUUGGCAUUCCAACAGAAACCACCUCCUCCCCCCAAGAAGAUUUACAACUACCUCGACAAGUAUGUCGUUGGCCAGUCGUUUGCUAAGAAGGUGCUUUCAGUUGCUGUGUACAAUCAUUAUAAGAGAAUAUAUAAUAAUAUCCCAGCUAAUCUGAGACAGCAAGCAGAAGUUGAGAAGCAGACAUCAUUAACACCUAGAGAGUUAGAAAUAAGAAGACGGGAGGAUGAGUACAGAUUUACAAAAUUGCUUCAGAUUGCUGGAAUUAGCCCACAUGGGAAUGCUUUAGGAGCAUCAAUGCAGCAACAGGUAAAUCAACAAAUACCUCAGGAAAAACGAGGAGGUGAAGUAUUGGAUUCUUCUCAUGAUGACAUAAAACUUGAAAAAAGUAAUAUUUUGCUGCUUGGACCAACUGGGUCAGGUAAAACCCUGCUGGCACAAACUUUAGCUAAAUGCCUUGAUGUCCCUUUUGCUAUCUGUGACUGUACAACUCUGACUCAGGCUGGAUAUGUAGGUGAAGAUAUUGAAUCUGUGAUUGCCAAACUGCUCCAAGAUGCCAAUUAUAAUGUAGAAAAGGCACAACAAGGAAUUGUCUUUCUGGAUGAAGUAGAUAAGAUUGGCAGUGUGCCAGGCAUUCAUCAGUUACGGGAUGUAGGUGGAGAAGGCGUUCAGCAAGGUCUGUUAAAACUACUAGAAGGCACAAUAGUCAAUGUUCCAGAAAAGAAUUCCCGAAAGCUACGUGGAGAAACAGUACAAGUUGAUACAACAAAUGUCCUCUUUGUUGCAUCUGGUGCUUUCAAUGGCUUAGACAGAAUCAUAAGCAGGAGGAAAAAUGAAAAGUACCUUGGAUUUGGAACACCUUCUAAUCUGGGAAAAGGCAGAAGGGCUGCAGCUGCUGCAGACCUUGCCAAUCGAAGUGGAGAAUCAAAUACUCACCAAGACAUUGAAGAAAAAGAUCGGUUAUUACGUCAUGUGGAAGCCAGAGAUCUCAUUGAAUUUGGCAUGAUUCCUGAGUUUGUGGGACGGUUGCCUGUGGUAGUUCCAUUGCAUAGCCUAGAUGAGAAAACACUUGUACAAAUACUGACUGAGCCACGUAAUGCUGUUAUUCCUCAGUACCAGGCCUUAUUCAGCAUGGAUAAGUGUGAACUGAAUGUUACUGAGGAUGCUUUGAAAGCUAUAGCCAAAUUGGCACUAGAACGAAAAACAGGUGCACGAGGCCUUCGGUCCAUAAUGGAAAAGCUGUUACUAGAACCAAUGUUUGAAGUCCCCAAUUCUGAUAUUGUUUGUGUGGAGGUUGACAAAGAAGUAGUAGAAGGAAAAAAGGAACCAGGAUAUGUUCGGGCUCCAACAAAAGAAUCAUCCGAAGAGGAAUAUGACUCUGGCGUUGAAGAAGAAGGAUGGCCUCGCCAGGCAGAUGCUGCCAACAGCUAGACUGUCAGAGUCCUGUCCUGUAUAUAAAGCUUCUCCUUCUUUUGUUUAGGAUCAUAACUGUCUCUACAGUCUGAUAUUAAAGGCAUUGGAUCUAUCUUGGCUAUCAUACAUGGUCAGAGAAGCCUUUAGGAUAAGAAUCAGAUCAUGUAUAUUAUUGUAACAUCACAUUGAUUUAUACAGAGGACAUUAUGUGGACUUUAAUGAUACAGUGUUUAGAGAUAAAUGUACAUUAUUUUGGUUCAGUUUUUAAAAAAUAUGCUUUAACAAAAUUCUUAGGAAUUCCUUUAAGCAAUGCAGGUAUUGCAAUAACUGAAUUUUACAAUAAUGUUACUCUACAAAUGGGAAAAUAAAUUCUUUAAAAUUAAAUGUUGGGAUACCAUUCUUUAGUGUUACCUUUUUCUACUUACAUGUGUUUCCUGAAAAUACCAGAAUUUUAUUCAUCUGAAAAAUUGGACCAGGUAGUUUUCAAAUUGUUAAAAAUUUCAUGAAAAAAUAUCCUCAAGAACCAUAUUUUGAUGAUUUGUUUAGCUAUAUUCUUAGUCUUAUCUGCUAAUGCAUGACACUAACUUCCCAAUUGGCACUAUAAAAAAGGCCAUUCUCUUACUGACUUGCCUGAUUUAUUUGCCAUCUUUGAUCCAUUUUGGUACCAUGAGUGAGUAGAUGGAAUUGAAGUCUGGCUUAAAUCUUCAGAAAAAGAUUAUACAUCUAAUUCUAUAAAAAGCAUGCAGUAUUAGCCAUAGCAAUGGCUAUAUGCGGAACUCAAUAUCCUGAUACUGUUUACUUACCUAAAGUAUUGAGCUAGUUUUUUUGUUUUGUGUUUUGGUGCCAAACAUUUGUCUAAUUCUUUGGCUUCACAGAACAUUAAAGAAAAUAUCUGUUUUGCUAUCUGCCAAAGUGAAUAUGUCACACUAACAUGUUACUAACAUUCAUUAUAUAACAAAACUAAAAAGUAGGGGGGGAAUUUGGUACUUGAAAACUGUAUCAUUUGAUUCCAUAAUUAUUAAAGUAUUUGGGUUUGGGUACCUUUUAAGUUUUUUUCUUUCCUUCUGUAAUGACACAAGUUUCUAUAUUAUUCAAUGCAAUCUCAUAAUUGUUAUAAAUCAGUGGUUUUUUUUUUUUUUUUUUAGGUUUAUAGACUCUAGAGUUUUCCUUUUACCUACUUUUGCUUAUGAAAAAAACCUUAAGCUAUUAGCAAAUUCUAAAUCCUGUUGAUGGAAGAGUUGAGCCUUCUAUGAUGUAAUAAAAAGGGAUGUAAGAUACCUAUUUAUGGCUGGGGUAGGACCAGAAAUGCACUUUGUAUUAUAGAGUAUUUAAGGCUAGUCGCUAUAAUAUGGCACAGAAAUAGGUAUCCUUAGUCUCCCCAAUAAUGGUUCAAGAUCUUCUCAGGAAGUCUUUCAUAUUAUAAUUCUGUUCAUUAUCUUUCUCUUAUAGCAUCAUUUUCCUUUUUGUAGAGUGGAGAUCAGACUAGCUUCUAAACAUGUAGAGGGUAAUCCUCCAAAAAUGGGCUGGGAGACAUUUUAGUCACAACAACUUAUAUUUGGUUUUGGAAGUUGCUAACAAAGCAUAAUUGAUGUUUUUAAAUCAAACACAACUGACUCUAACUACAAUUUGUAUCUUGGAACUUAUGUUUUGGCAUUUGAAUAAAACAAAAGGUCUAAAUGAAA